CGAGCUUCGUCUCAUCGUGUCAGUUCCGACUCCGAGGCGCGCGCAUCGAGCCGUCGAGCUAUUUGUAUUUUUAUCCGCAUUUGCGAACCGCUUGAUUCCGUAUCGGUGCGACGCGAUUUUUAAUUCGGCCGUGAGCUUCUAUGUGCGAUAUUCUAAAAGUUCACAUUCGCGCGCAACGGACAGCUGCGUUUGUCGUGCGAGGACGUUCAAACAACGGAAGGCGCGAGCCGGUUGGAUGUGUGUCUGUCAACAGCGUGCAAUUUUACACGCUUGCAAACUACUUCGAUUCAGCCCUGAAACCCUCCGCGGGUGAUCAAGAAUUAAGCGCAUUCGUGUUUUGUCGGUGAAAGUUCGUGUUUCGUAUCGCAGCCGGUUUAAGUUCGAGCAUGGCGCAAUUUCACGACGAUCCGGCGCUGCUCACGAAAGAGAAACUGAAGAGCGAGUUAAUAGCGAAUAAUGUUCCUCUGCCCAGCGCUGACAGCAAGAAAGAUGUUUAUGUUCAGCUUUACGUGAAGAAUCUGACCGUGCUCAACAAGAAACGCGUGUCACCGCCUUCAGACACUUUCUCAAGUGAUGAUGAGGACAGCAGCCGGGUCACCGGGAAGAAAGCCACAAGAAAGACGGACAGAGCUCGCGCGGACGAGAAGGACGUUUCGUCUCUGACCGAUGAAGAGUUGAACGUUCAGCUUCAGAAAUAUGGCGUCCACACCGGUCCCAUCGUCGCAUCCACUCGUAAGCUGUACGAGAAGAAACUUCAGCAGUUUCUGGAUCCGCCUCUGGUGGAGACCACGCCGCCCGAGACCGCCAUCCCAGAGGCCGUCACCAUCAAGCCAGAUGGAAAUCAGAAUGGAAACACACAUUCAUCCGAAGACCAGUACAGUGACAAGGAAGACGGUGUUGCAGAAGUAGAUUCCGUUCCAGAGCCGGUUCCUGUAGCGUCUAAGCUGGUCCGAAGCAGAGGGAAGCCACCGGUCACCACCAGAACCAGCAGCAGACAGCGUGCCAAAGUGGAGGUGCAGGUGGAGGAGACGACCGCAGCUGGUCAUGGAGGAGAUGCUUUAAAGGAAAUGUUCCCGAAUGAACCCCGCACACCCACUGGAAUAAUGGCCACGUGUCGAAAGCCGAUCCACGGUGCAGCCGGACGUCCAGUGAAGCCUCUGAACCUCUGGUCGGAAGAGCCCGUCCUGCAGCAGAAGGUUUACACCGCCACCAAAUCAUCCCUCGCUGACGUGCGCAGCGCCACACCCGCCCCUCGACCGCGCCGCUGGUUCUCUUUCUGGUUAAAGGCUCUGCUGGUGCUCACACUGGCUGCGUGUCUGUACUACGCCUUCCAGAACGUCACCGCCGAUCAGAUCGACGCCUGCCAUGUCUUCGUCCAGGACAGCGUGAUCACGCCUCUCGUCAAUUACAUGAGCUGGGAUAGUCGUGAUGGAAAAUGAGCUGCCGCACCUGUCCACCUGCGCUUCAGCAUGCAUCUACUGGCAGACUGGUUUUCUAGCCGUUUCUCAGUGUCUCAUCGGCAGGGGUCCAGCAGUGUGGGGGGGGGGUUUGCAGUUCAACCUAGCAGUGACGUCUGAAUAAACUUGUGUUACAGAUAGUCUUUUAACUUUUCGUGCAUCAUAUUGCUUUGCAAUUUUACUGUUUUGUAGCGUUGAAGAUGAUGUUGUGUGUAAUGUAGUGUUUGUUCAUAAUAGUGAACCAUUUGCCACACAGUCGCCAGCUCGGUUCAGAAUCACAAAACAAGUAAAAAACCUUAAGUGCCAAGACAUGGCCAACAAGAGUUUGCUUUCACACACAUCAGGACUGGAUGGAAAAACCUGAAGCUGAGUGUUUGCAGAAACCAAAUCUGAAACUUUUAAAAAUAAUUGUGGCAAAGUUUAUUUAGAACAGCUGAAAUGAAGAGACCAGAUGAUGAGUUUUUGGCUGUAGCAUAGAAUCUAGAAAAGUUUGUGUAGAUCAUUUGUAGCAUCGAAAUGUUCAAACUACAUUACAGCUCACAUAAUGUUUUAUUUCAGUGCGGUUUUGUCAAGUCUCAUGUAGUCAAUAAUGCUUCAGCUCUGAUGAGAGUCUUGGUUCAUGAGUUUGUGGUGUUUUUAGAAUGUGAUAAUGAUGGAAGAUUUUUAAAACACAGAAUGAGAAUUCAAUCCACUGACCCUCUUCUGUCAUUGACUGCAUUCUUUACUGUGAGUUAUCCUGAUGACAACAUUGUCACUGUACUCAUUUCAGUCAGAAAUACAUUUGUGAAGGACAUCUUGGUUUUCAGGUUUGCUUUUAUAUUUUACUUUUUAACGGCAAUAUUUUUCUAACGCCUUCUGUAAAUGAAAAGCAUUUUUUAAACAAAGCGGUUAACUUUCACAAGGUUUGGUUUUGGUCUGCUGUGUCUCAGGCAGUAGAUUGAGGUGUAAAAUAAAUCAUAUUUGCACUGUUUAGGCAGCUAAUUGUGGGGAAAUUGGUCAUUUGCAAUGAAUUAUUUAUGGUUGAUUCAAUGCAGUACAGGUGUGAAAUAAAAAAGUUUUAAUUCUG